AGAGAGCCUCCAUCACUGUCACUAUGAGCUGCGGUCCAAGGCACAUGGUCCUAACACCUGGGAGGAGCAGCAGUGGGAGCUGCAUUCUAGGGGGAGGAAGGGCAGGGGCUGCCUCAGUUUCCUCUGGAGUGUAUACUGUUGGUGGGAUUGGCAAUGGGCAAAGAGCCAACUUCUCUGGCCGGAGUCAUGCAGGAGCAGCUCCCACCUGUGCCUUUGGGGGAGGAAGAAACCAUUUUUCAAGUGGCAGCUGUAGUGGGGCAUUUGUUGGUGGUGGGCAUAUGGCGGGAAAUGGCUUUGGUGCUGGCUCUCACAUUGGGAGCCCUGCUGCUAGAAGUGUGGUAGGUGGUGCUGGUGCUGGUCAUGCCACAGUGGUUGGGGGUAUCCCUGGUGGCAUGGUAAGUGGUGCCCAUGGGGGCGUUCCUGCUAAUGUAGUAGGUGGCAUGGGCAGUGCAGUUGGUGGUGCUCAUGCUGGUAUGGUAGGUGGCCCUUGUGGUGUCGUUGGGGCUGUCCCAGCUGGUAUGGUAGGUGGCAUGGGUGGUGUGAUGUCAGGUGGCCAUGGCGGUAUGGUUGGUGGCAUGGGAGGUAUGGUGACUGGUCCUGUUAUGGUUAGUGGAAUGGGCAAUGACCCUGCUGUUUGUGGAGGUGUGUUCUCCAAUUUUGAUGGGAAAAUGACUAUGCAGAAUCUCAAUGACCGUCUGGCCUCCUACCUGGACAAGGUCCGAUGCCUGGAGGAGGAAAAUGCUGACCUUGAGUGCAGAAUCAGGGAAUUUUAUGCCAAGCAAGGCCCACUCACGGAACCAAAGGAUUACUCUCAUUACCACCAACAAAUUGAAGAUCUUAAAAACCAGCUCAUUUGUACAAGUGUGGAAAACAACAAACUCCUUCUAUGUAUUGACAACAGCAAGCUGACUGCUGAUGACUUCAGGACCAAGUAUGAGACAGAAUGUUGCCUCCGUCAGAAUGUGGAGGCUGAUAUUAAUGGCCUGCACCAGAUCCUGGAUCAGCUGACAGCCUGCAGGGCUGACCUGGAUGUACAGUGUGAGAACCUCCAUGAUGAGCUGUGCUGCCUGAAGAAGAACCAUGUGGAGGAAGUAACUUGCCUGAAGAAACAGUCUACUGGUGAUGUCAAUGUGGAAGUCAAUACCUGUCCUGGACCUGAUCUGAAGAAGAUCCUGGAAGAGAUGAGGUGCAAGUAUGAGGCAAUGAUUGAAGGCAACCGCAAGGAGGUUGAGUCCUGGUAUGAAUCCAAGAUUGAGGAGGUGAACCGUGAUGUCUGCAAUAGCAGUCAGGAGAUUGAAGAAAGCAACAACAAAGUCACGGAACUGAGACGCCAGCUGCAAGCCCUGCAGAUUGACUAUGAGGCCCAGUGCAGCUUGAGAGACACCCUGGAAAGUUCCCUGGGCGAAACUGAGCUUCGCUACAACAACCAUUUGGGUGAGCUUCAGGAGCGCAUCUCUCGCCUGGAGCAGCAGCUGGCUGAGUUGCGUUCAGAGAUGGAGUGCCAGAACCAUGACUACACAGAGCUCUUAGAUGUCAAAAGCCGACUGGAGCAAGAGAUUGCCACAUACCGUGGAUUGCUGGAAGGGAGUCAGCAUGAGGUUACCCAUAGUGGAGGAGGAGGCAGCCCCACCAGAGUCAGUGGUGUGUCUGGUGGAAGAUCUGGUGAAACUCGGUCAUCCCAUACUUAUGUGACCCAUUCUUCAGGCCAUUCUGCAGGUCAUACACAGCAUGGAGGUCAUUUGCACCACUAGACCAACAAGGAAGAAGUGCAUGAGAGCUGCGGAAUGGGCAAAGAAAACUUUACCCCUAGAGAAGCAUUCCUAAGAAUACAUCUGAGUUGCUGUUGUUCCAUCUGUCCAAUUGUACCUUUCCAAGCUAACCAGAGAUCCCACUUCACUGUAUCUCAUGCUAAUGUCUCUUUCCCAUUAUUCUGCAACAUGGAAUCUGUCAAGUCUACACAACCACCAUGCUUUAGUGCCGUGGUUAGUGAUUUACUAACCACUGAAAACAGAAAAAGAAGUUAACAAAAUAAAGCUCUGCUUUUCUCCAUA